GUAGAACACUGAUUGUAGCGAAGGUAGUGACACCUACCAGUUUAAUUAGUAUACUAAUAUAUCCACUGUUGAUAGUUUUUUUGCGAAGCAACUGGCGUGCUGAAACUGAAUUAGCUUUAUGAAUUAAGCUUUUCCAAUAUUUUCAAAAAAUCCUUCUUGGCAUACCUAGAUCCCAGAACCCGAGUUUCAUCUGUAAGAUGUCUGGAAUUAACCCAAGCUCACUGAUGGAUCCAUUGCCAGUGGUACUGUACAACAAUAACGAUCCCCUAUUCAUUUGUCCGGCUCAAGACAACAUAGAAGAGUGCACCUUCAUGUUCAAUAGUGACUUUAUAUGCAACAAUUCCACUGUUGUUUUCCCACCGAGUUACUACUCCUCAUGCAACGAUGGCCCCCAGGAAAUCGACUUCACCACGAUGAAAAUGAUGCCGAUUAUUUAUAAAAAUCAGCCCAAAGAUCAACCGGAGUUCGUUGACGUCAACAGUUUGACAAGCAGCUUGGAAGAAGCGAAAAUGGGUUCUCCCAAAGAAGAGGACAACGAGGUCAUUUUCGUUGGUGAAUUUCAAAAGGAACCGACGGCCUCCUCUUCUACUGCAAUCAGAAGGAACCCCGCCAGACGAGCGAGGACCAUUGAAAGACGACGACAUUUGCAAAAAGAACAUUUGCUUGAGGAAGAUUUCGCUUUUCUCGAUCAAAUCGAUGAGGAUUGUUUGGUUAGUGUUAAGGCGAAACCAUCUCAACCUAAAUCUAUAACGUCGAUCACAGAACCCAAAGACUCCUCUGGAUUGUACUUUAAGGAGUGGCCCCUCAAUGUGUAUGAAAGACCAGAAUAUUGUGAAGAUACAGGGAGGAUCGAGCCUUUUGACUAUUCGAUCAGAAAUAUUGAAAAUAAGCAGGUCAAAAAGAGGUCAGUGUCCUGUCUGGAAACUUGUCCAAAAGAAAAACCAAAACCCAAGAAGAAGUACGUAUAUAGAAAACGUCGGUCCAAAGUCAAAAAAACCAUAGACAAAGUACCAUUAGACGAUUCUUUAAGAGAAUUGGUCAAAACCACUUAUGACAUGCUCAACGAGUUUAACCAAGAGAAAAAACUGACUGGAUGCGACGAAUUAGUGCAAAACCAAGCCGUCCUUCUAGGUGUUCUAGAGCAAUCUCUGAUCAGCAAACCCACAGAACGCAGCUGAUGCUUUACGUAUAUUAACUAUUUGUUUAAGUUUAGAAAUAAAUAAAAACACUUUUUAAUUUC